AUGGCUACUCCAGGAUACCGGUUUACAUUCACGCGUCAAACAAUAACAGAGCUGAUACAGUUUUUGGGAGCUGUUGAUGAAUAUGGCCUACCGUCGCGAGUCCAUUCCGAUAAAGGAGCGGAAAAUGUUGACGUUACUUGGUACAUGUUGACACAUGAGCAGAGGGGGCCAGAUCGCGGAAGCAUGAUAACUGGUAUUGAAUUGCAAAUGUGCAUUUCAAUUCGCCUUUCUCACGCCAGCCACAAUUUUUGGGUGGCAACCUUUUUAGUAAUAGUAAACAUUGAAAAUGACCUUUCUAUAGCUAUAGUUAUGCGGUAUAAUCAUAAAAUCUAUUUACAGUUACAAAUUUCAAAAAUUAGUUUCACAUCGCUUAGCUACUUCAUAUUUUUUUAUAAAAUAGUACCCAAAAAUGGCAGAUUUAAACCUUCGUGGGAAAGGCUAAUUUCUGUACUCUGCAUUAUUACCGGGGUUUUUUUUCUCAUAGAGACCACUGGAAAAAAUUGGCUAGACAAACAAAUGACACCUUAGCUUGGGCGGCUUAUAGAAAUUUUAAGAAGGAAGUGAGGCGAGAAAUUAGGUUAGCCGAACAAGAGCAUGUCAUGGAACAAAUUAUGAGUAAUCCCAACAACAAAAGAAGUAUUUGGAAAACAAUACGAUCUUGUAUCCCAAAACAAACCACGCGACAGAAGUCCUAUAAUAGAGAUGAAAAGAUUAUUGCAAAUGAGUUUAACACUUAUUUUACGACUCUUGGCCAAAUAACUUCUGAACAAAUAAAUUCCUUGGCCGCUCAAUCUAAUUAUGACUUAACACAACCAGCAGUCCCCACUCAAGAAUACCCAGAUGAUGAACAAUUUUUCUUUAAGCCGAUGAGCAGCGGAGAAAUCGAGAAUGUUAUUCGCUCAAUGCCAAUGAAUAAGGCACCUGGCCAUGAUAAAAUACCUAUACGCGUGAUUAAAGAUAGCCUCCCUGCAAUCCUUUUACCUAUCACCUCAAUCGUCAAUGCGUCUUUGUGUUCUACAUGCCAGUUUCCAAGUACUUGGAAGAAGGCUGAGGUUUUGCCUGUCUUAAAGGAAGGCGAUCACGAAGUAGCAGAGAACAACCGUCCCAUCUCACGCCUACCUGUAUUAUCAAAGAUAUGCGAACGAUCAGCAUUGAAUCAGUUGAUGCCUUAUUUAGUUUUAAAUGGGAAACUUUCUACGAAGCAAAGCGGAAACAAAAAAGACCAUUCUACCGAAACAUCUCUGAUAAAAGUUACUGAUGAAAUUCUAACAGCAAUUGACAGUAAGAAAUUAACUGCAGUUGUAUUGUUAGACUUUAGCAAGGCUUUUGACAGCAUAAAUCACCAAACAUUAUUAAAUAAAUUGCGGGACAUUGGUAUAUCACCUUCUGGAUUAUCAUGGUUCAGUAGCUACCUGUCAAAUCGAUAUCAAGUGGUAUGCAUAAAUUCAACCUUAUCAGAUCCUUUGCUAGUUACAAGCGGAGUCCCACAGGGCAGUAUCCUUGGCCCAAUCUUGUUCAAUAUUUAUAUCAAUGAUCUACCACUUGUUCCGAGGUCCUGCACACCCGACUGCUAUGUAGACGACAGUAAACUCUAUAUCUCAUUUCCAAUACACGAUAGUACCAAGGCAAUGAUUGAAAUUAAUGACGAUCUAGUUCGAAUACGUAACUGGUGUUUUGAAAAUUGUCUACUCUUGAAUCCAAAGAAGAUAAAAUUAAUGGUCUAUGGCAGCCGACAAAUGCUAUCCAAACUAUCUGAUUUUCGUGUAACAUUGUUAGGAAAAGAUAUCCAACCUUCACUGCAUGUAAAGGACCUGGGUGUAACCUUUGAUCAGACCCUUAGUUUUGAUGAGCAUACUAUAAAAAAUGUGUCUUCGUGCAUGUCGAUUUUAGGUCAG